GAUUUGGCGUGCAAUACACAGAAGCGGUAGGAGAUCGAGAGUAAGGAAAAGUCCGAUUUGAUAUUUGGAACUUGGAACCUAAUGAAAUUUGAAAAUCAUGCUUGAAAACCUUGUGUUUCGUGAGGUAGUGAGAGCAGCAGCGAUAGGAUUCUUCUAUCUGCUUCUCCUGAUGCUUUUCCUCCUCUAUUUUGGAGAUGGCCUCCAAAAGAUAUUCUACAGUUGGUUCCCAAAAUCUCAUCCUUUCCAUGAUAAAGCCAAAGAAAGACUUCCUCCUGAGGAACUUGUAAAUCAACAGAGAGCUGUGAGAGAGAAGAUACAGGAUGAUCAUACAUCAAAGGCUGAGGGAUUUAGUGAGAGGAUAUUGAAGCCUAGGGAGGAAGCUAAAAAAGCCGAAUUAGAAAAGGAAUUCUACCAGUUUGCAGGACCAGCAUGGAAGGGACGAGGAGAACGCACAGGGUUUGGAGAGGAGGAUCCUUCAUCUGCUCACCAAGAAACUGGACGGGCUCUUCGAAGGAGAGACCUUGAGGGGACUGGCCGGAAUGCAGCUGCAGCCAGGAAGCUCCCCGAGUCGGCGACCAAUCCACCAAAAAGAGUCCCAGCUGAACCCCCCAAACCUAAAAUUGUCAUAACAUUACCAGAUGAACCAGAAAUCGAAACACCAGAGUGCAUAACUAUUGCAUUGAGGGGUACAACUAGUAUGGUGAAAAGAAGACGGUUUUUAUUCACAGAAAAAGUUCAGGUUUUACUAAACUGGAUGACCAAGCUUGGAUACCACCAGAAGCUUUACACACUGGUCAUGACCUAUCCUCGACAGGAUCUAUCCCAUCAUGCAACAGAAACACUGCAGGAAGUUGGGAUCGAUCACGACGUCUCAUUGGUAGUCGAGGAGAUUGAGCCUGAUGAAGAUUCGUAGGAAGUACUUUACAUCGAUUCACAUUCCAUUUAUAUGUAUUUUGCAUUACUCUUUAUAAUUCUUUGUUAUAAUUAUUGAAGAGAGAUAUUUUGUUCUUUUUCGAACAUUUAUUUUAGGUUUUAGGGAGAGUUUUAUUAUAUAGUAUACAUGUACAUAGGAAUUAUUUAUGUAAUAUUUGAUGGUUCAGAAUGGAAUACCAGAGGAAAUCCACAUGUUAGGACCAAUAUUGCACAAAUUGUGCAAUAUUGAAUCAUAGGUGAGUGCAAAAUCGGCUCUAGCAAAUGGACUGCUUCAGGGAAAUCCUCAUGGACCCCCCCAUCCCCAAUGCAUCUCAAAUAGCCCAGUCCUUUUAGGGUUAAGGCACAGGCUGUAAAAUAUUAAUGCGUGAGUGAGGACAUUGUUAUGUCAUAAUCACUUGAUAAUGAUGCAACCACAAUCAUGAAUAUGCAUGAAAAGAAUAAGAUUAUUGAUAAGGCCCAAUUACAUAUAACAAAGUAAUACUGAUGAUAAUGCUCUGAUUUUUGAUUGCCAAUGAAGUUUUUACUAUUCACUUGAAUUUUCAAUGGUCCUCCGUUUUCUUCAAGAGUUUACAUUACUGAAGCCAAUUAUAAUUAUCUGAAAUGAUCAUUGUGGUGUUUGUCUCCACAUCAUUCCCAGGGGCACGCGACAAAGUCAAUUAUGGAGACUGAUUCAACGAAGUACCAUUUCACUUCAACUUUGCCUCAUUCGUCUUUGUAGCCUUGUAAGUCCACUUCAAUCUUUCCGGAACCGGGAAGACGUGAGAGAAAAUCUGCAUUGGCAUUUUGCUUUGAAGUACGAUAUUUGAUUUCGUACACUGAAAGCAAAAUAGCCCAGGCAACGUUGCAACCGUGAUGCUGCAAGCACAGGAAUCCCUUUCUUUGGUCCCAAGAGAAAGGUCAAUGUUUUGUGGUCAGUCAGAAGUGUAAACUUCCUACCACACAGAUACUGAUGGAAAAAUCUCACACCGUACACAAUGGCAAGUGCUUCCUUUUCUAGUUGAGAAUAAUUUGUCUUGGCCUUUGUCAGCUUUCUGGAGGCACAAGCAAUGGGUUUGUCACCCUCUUCCGUCACAUGGGAAAUAACAGCCCCUAUCCCGUAUGGUGACGCAUCCACUGCCAGAGUUACCUCUUUGCUUUUAUCAAAGUAACACAGUACUUGAUUAGAGCUUAGGAUCUUCUUAACCAAGUCAAAGGCCUCUUGGCAUUUGUCUGUCCUGUCCAACAACUGCUUAUUCUUCUUCAGCUCAUCUAUAGGUUCCAAAAUAAACUCCUCAAAAAAAAGUUUGGAAAUGUGAGUUUGAUCGAUAACCCUCCUCGGUUUUAGUAAAUAUCAAUGUGUAAGUAAUAUCAAUGAAUAGAUCAUUUAAUUCUCUUUAAAAUGAUACCCUUCAUGAUAUGAUUAUGGUUCACAUGGAGGUGCAGUGCCUUGAAAUGUGGGGCAAGGUCAAAAUUCAAAGGUUGUAAAAUGACACAAUAUUGAAAGUCACUGUUCUUUUUUCCGUUGUGAUGAGUGAGUUUCUCAGCGGUUUCUUUUGUUUUCAUGCACCUUAACAUUAACAUGGAAUCAAACACACCUCUGCACAAGCAAACAUAUAACAAACAAACAAACAUGCAUGGGUAUUUCAAACUACGACUCAAACCAUACAUAAAUCACAACAAAACAUAAAAAAUGAAGAAGCAGGGGCUUGAUUUGAAUGGAUUUGCAUCUCUAUUGAUACAGACAAAAGUAUCAUGCUCUGUAUUAACCCUUCAUGACUAUUUCGGCUCGUUUUUUCAGCUUUUCAAUUCAGACCUAAUCCAACACUUUGGAAUCCUGCUCUUUUCAUGAUGGCAUGAUCAUAACAAGCAUGGUAUCACUUUAAAGAGAAUUAAAUGAUCUUUUGAAUGAUGUCAAAUAUGCAUUGUGUAAAAUUGGGAGUUGGGGGAGAAAUUAAUGGCCAAACUCAGAUUUCCAAACUUUUUUUGCUCAUUUUGCAGCUUUUCGAUUCAGACCUCAUCCAACACUUCUGAAUCCUGCUCUUUUCAUGAUGGCAUGAUCAUAACAAGCAUGGUAUCACUUUAAAGAGAAUUAAAUGAUCUUUUGAAUGACGUCAAAUAUGCAUUGUGUAAAAUUGGGAGUUGGGAGAAAUUAAUGUCCAAACUCAGAUUUCCAAACUUUUUGAGGGGUUUAGAUACCAAAAUUUGGAGUGAACUGCCAAUAAUGUUUAAAGCCCUUUGAAGGACUGUACUUCUGAGAUAUCUCUAAGUGGGCAUGCUAAUGCAAUGGCUUCAACACUAGACGGUGAAGGGUGCAACCCCUCAGCGUCUACAACGUGACCUAGGUACUCCACUGACUUCUGAAGAAAUAUACACUUAGACUGCUUCAAUUUUAGUCCAAACUGGCUAAGCCUCUUUAAAACCCUUUCCAGGUAGCAGGCAUGUUCCUGGUCACGUGACUCAGUGACGAUGAUGUCAUCCAGGUAGCAACCAACUCCUUGUAGACCAUGGAGUAUCUUGUCCAUGCAUUCCUGGAAUAUUGCCGGGGCCGAACUCGCCCCAAACGGUAACCUUGUAUACCUAAAUAAACAGAGAUGUGUGUUAAUUGUAUUAUCUUGAUUUUUCCUCUAAGUCAACUUGUUUUUUGGAUGUCACGCCUACGACUUCUACUACGACUUUGGCGUCGCUGCAUGUUUCCAACAAUGGUCACGAGUUCCCUAACUAACCGAGUAGAUCACUGACUUGAUUUUCCAGAUCAUUGCGCGGUUUGGCUUCUCCGGAUUUCUGUGCGACAGCCGAUAUUGCGCCAUAACUUUCGGGCUGUGCUUCGAUUAUUUUGUUUGCUAGUUCCGAAAAAUCGCUCAGCGACAACGCUUCGCUAGUUGAUGCCAAUAUUAAUCUGUCAUUGACCGGGAGCCUUUGUAGAAAAAGCUGUUUGAAAAUGCCCUUUUCUAGCUUUUGGUCGCCUAAUAGCUGCUUCAUUCGACGGAAAAGUUGCGAGGGUUUCCUGUCCCCAAGCUCUUCCUCCAUCAAAAGCAUCUGUACGCGCCGUUGCUCUGAUGCACUCACGCGUGCGAUCAACUUGUCUUUUUUUAGUGACUGAUAUAAUUGUCAGUCGCGGGUGGAUUUAUCAAAAUGUCUCGUAUUUCUUGAGCCACUUCUUGAGGGAGCGCCGCAAUUACGUGCGCGUAUUUUGUCGCAUCAGCAUCAAUUUCGCGCGUUGUAAACUGUGCUUCAACCUGAGCAUACCACACCAGGGGAUCUGUUUUCCAAAAAGGUGGCAGUUUGAUUGCCAACGCGCUCAAUGGCUGCGGUCCAUCUUCCGCGUUACUAGUACUUUGAUCUGUCAUUAUGAUUACGUGAUCUUAGAUUAUCAGUAUAAAUUCCAUUGUAAAUACUCGUUAACUUCAAUUAUUUUAAAAAUCAAGAUCAAUAAAUUACAAAUGCAUGUAGCGAAUUC